AUCAACGACUUGGCAUUACCAGCCGGCAGUCAUUUUUGGAUCCUCUUCAUAUGCGCGUCGGAUACAUUGAAGCGAAGAGUCCUCAGCUGUUCUCCCGGAACGCGAUGUGUACCUCAUGAUAGUUUGUGUUCCUUCAAGGUCUCUUACCACUCACAAUCUCAACAUUGAGAAUUCUGUAUCAUCAAAGAGGACACAAGUCUUCGCGAAACUAUGAAAUCACAUCUCUUCCUUCUCCAAGCUGUCUUUGUAGAAGCAGCGAUUCGCUUUGGAUGUAGCAGCGUUUCCAUCCAGCGCCUCGAUCCACUUGUGGAGCCUGGUCGCGUACCUUCCUCUCAUGUUAGUACCACUAAAAUACAAUUGACGACAAGCUUACAGAAUCUCGAAGGUACAUCAGAUCGUUGGUGGCAAUGCUUUCAAUGCUACGAUGACUGGUGACAUCGGCGAACAGGGAAGCUGUACGACAUGCGCGUACACCGAAGAUUUUUCCAAUUACUGGACAGCUGCGAUGUACUUCAAACAUCAAAACGGGUCGUAUAAGCGCGUGCCCAUCUACCCGAACGCUCAACUAGGAUAUGAAGGUCAAGAUGCAGACCACAUCAAGGGAGGUAUGACGAUAUACUAUACUCAAAAAGACUUCAACAGUUCCGACCUCGGGAACCCAGUGAGGGCUUUUCCUCCGGGCUUUCGCAUGACUGUUGGCAAUCCGUCGACGACCACAAUCAACGGCACCAAGAAAGGCCUGGCAUACACGUGCCUGCAAACCAUCCUCACUAGAGGCUACGAGACUCCUGACUUCCCGAAAGAGCCAUGUCCUGCCGGUAUAAUGGCUAUUCAGGUAAGAGACGAUCUUAGCAGAUGUUGUAAUCACCACUUUCCCUCUUGCUGGAAUGGAGUUGACCUUGACGCCCCCGACCACCAGUCCCAUAUGUUCUCUACCACACGGGGUGGUUUCCGCCCAGCUGAUCCCUGCCCCGCUUCGCACCCCAUCAAGAUGCCGCAGCUAGCAUACGAAACGAUGUGGAACACGACUGCUUUCGCUGAUAUGUGGCCAACCGAUGGUUCGCAGCCAUUCGUAUGGAGCUACUCCGAUAGUAGAGGCUACGGCACUCAUGCUGACUACGUGUUUGGAUGGAAAGGAGACAGCUUGCAGCGGGUGAUGAACGACAGCUGCAUGUUCCAUUACUGUGGAAGUCCAGGCAUGCAAGGUGUGCUUAAAACGCAGACUGUUGAAGAGAUGAAUGCUUGUGCGGUUGAAAGCUCCGUUGAUGAAGAUGUGGAGGGAUGGCUGGAUCAUCUCCCCGGAUACGAGAUGGAGGCUUGAGUCGGAGCUUGUUCGUAGCGCUUUGCCAUUACCUACAUUUGCUGGCUAGUGUUGAAAGAUGAUGUUUGAGCACUUCUGGGCGUUUGUACAUGCGAGGAUACGUU